AUGGUAUUCUCGUCAGUACUUUCCGCCGAGGAUAGCUCAGCCAGAACAUCGGAGAAUCCACAGCUUGUUGGAGGUUCUGCUACUGAAGCCGAAAGAGUACCCGAGAGGGAGAUAUCUUCUACCAAUAUUAAUGCCACAGUUGCAAGAGAUAGAGAUGCUGCAGCGGAAAAUUCUACUCGAACAAUGAAUGGGCUUUCCUGGAUUCUAACUGCAAUUGUCGAAGAAUUCGAUGAAGUGGGAAAGCUAACGUGGGUUUCGGUGGCUUUCAUGCUGGGAGCGGCUGGGACAAACCUGAUGUGUCGAGCUAUAUGCGGACUGGGAGGGAUAGGAAUGUAUAUCGGUGUCAUGACUGUAAUGUCGGAGAAUACAUCAAAGACCGAGCGGCCAGUAUAUCUUGGGUUGAUAGGAGGGGCUUUCGCCGAUAAUAGCGCCACAUGGCGAUGGGGAUUCUAUAUCAACCUUUGCAUUGGAGGAAUCUUUGCACCUGUAUACGUAUUCCUCAUCCCGAAUUCUAAACCUCGAUCUAAUUUGGGUCUUCUUGGUCGAUGGAGACAUAUCGACUGGCUUGGUGCCUUACUUCUCUUGGGUGCCAUUGCACGCUUGCUAAUGGCCAUUGCCUUCGGCGGACUACUAUUUCCAUGGAAUUCUGGAUCUAUCAUCGGUCUUUUCGUUACCGGUGGCAUUCUGUUCAUUGCAUUAGCCAUUCAGCAGUCAUAUGCGCUGGGAACAACAGAGGAACACAGAUUGAUUCCGAUAGAAUACCUUCAGUCAAAAGAGAUAGUCAUCCUCUUCAUUGAGACAGCCUGUGCCGGAGCUGCAGUGUUCCUUCCAAUAUACUUCAUUCCCAUUUUCUUCGAAAUCAUCCACGGCGAGUCUGCAUUAGGCACAGGUCUCAAGCUCCUCCCAUUUAUUUUGGUCAUGGUUACCAUGAAUUUUGUCAAUGGUUUCACACUAUCAAAAUGGGGCUACUAUAUGCAUUGGUAUUUUGGAUGUUCUGCUCUCCAAGUCAUUGGUUCUGCGCUUCUCUUUACCAUUGGAAGGGACACUUCGGUCAGUGCUAUCUAUGGAUAUACUGUACUCAUGGCAUUUGUCGGCGGUUGGAGUCAAGCAUCAUUUACAGUUGCUCAAUUCCUUGUCGCUCCCAAAGACAUUCUGAUUGUGACGGGUUUCUUGACGUGUGCUCAAUCAGGUGGAGCAGCGCUAUCACUGGGAAUUGGCGACACUGUCUUCCUGAAUACUGCACAGAGUGGUAUCAUGACUCUGCUUCCGAAUCGAAGCUCGUCUGAAAUUCAAGGACUUAUCUCCGGUUUGGGAAAUUCAUUUUUCGAAACUUUAGAUGCUAAUAUACAAAACGCUAUUCUGAACAUUAUUAUGAGCAGCUUCAAGAAGCUUUUUGUCCUCCCCAUUGCAGCGGGAGCUGUAGCGCUCGCCUUUUCAGUCUUCCUGAAAAGGCAGAAAAUUGAUGUCUCUUGA